GCUGGGCAUCUCACCAGCCGAACGCAUGCGAAACCGCGACGAAAAGGCGUAACGAUGCCUCGGCAGCGCAGCCGUAGCCGCCGUGCACCCCUGCAAGUUGAUUGACCCAUCGGUUUGGCAAAAAGGGCAGCCCUGCUCCCCUAGCCGAGCGCACUGCGACGCGUAGCGCGCCAAGCGAUGCGCCUCCAUCGAUGCUGCGCCGUCGCGGCGGCCCUCCACGCCGUCGCGCGGGCGCAGACGCCGUUGCAACGCCGCGUCGAUGGCGCGGGGGCCGCCGCGGCCGUCGUCGCGCAGCAGACACAGCCACACGCGCCGCCGCGGCGCCGCCUCGCACGUCGGACGCGGAAAACGAGCGCUCGCGGACUGCCCGGCGCCGCGGUCCGAGCGCUCGCCGGUGACGUCAUGACACCAGAAGACGAGACCGCCGUCGCGACGACCAACAAAUGCGUCUUCCAUUUACACACGCCCAAAUGCGCGGGCACGUUUGUGUGGCGCUUCUUUCGCGACAAGUUUUGUACGGAGGAAGAGACGUGUAAGCGAGGGACCUUGCGGCCGCCGCCACUAUGCAAGUGCGCGGGCAACCCGAUAACUACCGAUGAAGCUGUUUUGGAUGCGAUCAAGCGAGGUGCGUAUCGCUUCGUGUCGGCCCACUCGCGGCAGCCCUUCUCGGCGGCUUGUGCGCUGGCCGUGUGGUUUCGCGAACCUGUCUCUCGUGUUCGGUCCCAUUACGGCUACGUCGUCCACCGGAGACGUAGGAACGUGACUUUGUCGUCGUUGCUGGCUUCCAAAAGACCACCGAACUGGGUCUCGAACCAGCAGUGGGCCCUGUUCUUGCCUGGAAGUAGGGUGGCCGGCCAGCAGGCGCCGUCGUCCACACAGCUCGCCGAGGCGUCUUCCGAGUUGCAACGGGCGGCCUUCGUCGGCCUCGUCGAGGAGAUGGACGCGAGCCUCUGCCGCUUCGCGCGGGCCUACCUCCAAACCCAUGCUACGGAACUGUGCGCGCGCGGCGCGGGUGGCCGCCGCGAGAACGUCGGACGACGGCCUUCGGCAGACGCGCGCGAGACGGCGCUCCUCGAGCGCUUUAAUAAAUUCGACGCGGCGCUGUACGAGCUGGCCGUCGCCGAGUUCGCGCGGCGAGGCUCCGGUGUCGUUGUUCCUGAGCCGCCUCCUGCCGAAUUCGAGAACGUGUGGGAGGUGCGGACGGACGGGCUGGAUGUCGUUGAGUAACAUGUC